AUGGAAGAAAUCAAGUUUUUGGGAUUCAUGGUCACUAAGGGCGGUUUCAAGGUCAACCCUGAGAAGGUUCAAGCUAUUGAAAUGAUGCCAUCUCCGCGCACCAUUAAGGAGAUGCAAAGGCUAGCCGACUGUCUAGCCGCACUGAAUCAAUUUUUGUCAAAUCACGCUGCAAAGUCUUUUCCUUUCAUUAGCACCCUGCGCAAUUGUGUGAAGAAGAACGAGUUUAAAUGGACAACAGAAGCCGAGACAACUUUCCAACAAAUGAAGGAGUGCCUGAUUCAACUCCCCACCCUAACAGCACCGUUGGAGAAUGAGCCCCUUGUACUGUACUUGUCUGCUUCGGACAAGGCAGUUGGCUCAGUUUUACUUGUAAAGAGGGAGGGAGUGCAGACUCCAAUUUAUUAUGUGAGUAGAAUGCUAACAGAUCCGGAAACACGCUACUCAAUAAUGGAAAAGUUGGUCCUCGCACUGGUGCAUGCUUCAAGGAGGUUGCGCAGAUAUUUUACAGGUCAUGUAAUCACUGUCCUUACCAAUUUUCAUAUUGGUAACAUUCUCCAAAAGCCCGAGAUCUCAAGAAGAUUGGGAAAGUGGGCGAUUGAGUUAGGAGGCCACAACAUUGUGUACAGGCCGCGCCCAGCUAUCAUAGGUCAAGUCCUUGCGGACUUCGUCACAGAGGUCCCAACAGACAAGAUAAAAGAAUGCGAGGCAGUUGAGAAGCCCUCACAAGACACAUCGGAUGAACUUUGGCUUAUGUUCACGAAUGGUGCAUCAAACGAAGAUGGCGCAGGUGCGGGUUUGCGCUUGGUCAGCCCCGAGAAACAUGAAUUCCCUUAUGCAAUCAGGUUGGAUUUCAAAAACACCAACAAUGAGGCUGAAUAUGAAGCAUUCCUGGCAGGCCUGCGCCUAGCCAUCAAGAUGGGCGCACAGAAUUUACAGGCGCAUGUAGACUCUCUUUUGGUUGCUGGCCAAACCAAUGGGUUGUACGACGCGAAGGGUGAAGCGAUGGCGCUCUAUCUUGAGCAGGCGAAAGAGUUAAUCCAGCAGUUCAAUUCGUUCAAGGUUGUUCACAUCAACCGCAGCGAGAAUAAACCGGCCGACGCGCUAAGCAAAUUGACUUCAACAACAUUUCAUCAUCUUGCAAAAGAUGUUCGAAUCGAGGUCCUCAAAAACCCCUCUGUCCUGCUGCGCCAAGUCAGCGUUAUAGAAAUAGGGUCAUCCUCAUGGAUGACACCUAUCAUACAGUACUUGCAAGCGAGAAUCCUCCCAGAGAAAAAGGCAGAAGCUCGAGAGAUUCAAAACAAAGCUUUGUCUUAUCAAAUGGACGGAGGCAUCCUCUACAGAAGGUCAUACUUGGGUCCACUGUUGCGUCGUGUGGACCCACAAGAUGCAAACUACCUGAUCUGGUAG